AUGAACAACACGCGCCGAUUCGCACAUGUGCUGCUGGUGAUGGUGGUUACACUGAUCUCCAUGUUCUUGUCACCAGCAGUCCGUGCGCUGAAGCCGCGCGUGCCAGGAGCAAACGGGCGCCUGAUUGUGUUUGGCGAGAGCCUGGUGGAUCCCGGCAACCUGUACACGGCCAUCGGCCACCUGUUCCCCUCGGCUCCCUACUACCAGGGCCGCUGGAGCAACGGGCCGACCUUUGCCGAGUACCUGGCCGACCUGCAGUGCCGCGCGAUGGAGAACUUUGCCUUUGCCGGGGCAACCACCAACAACGGCAACGUGACGGCGCUGCCGGUCAAGUCUCUUGUGCAGAUGCCCAGCACCAGCGAGCAGCUGCAGCUGUUCGACCUGUACCAUCUGCUGACUGCCUCGGGAAGUGCAUUCAAGGAUGACAUUGUCAUGAUGACUGCUGGAGCCAACGAGAUCUUCCGCUCCAUCGAGGGCAUCCUCUCGGGCGACCUGCCCACCGACUACCUGCCGAGCGUCAUUGCUGGCAACCUCAAGCAGCAGAUCCUGGCGCUCAAGGAGCAGGGGCUGGUGCGCUUCAUUCUGUUCUCGCUGCCGCCCAUCGAGGACUCGCCGAGGAACAAGCUGGGCAACUACCCACCCGAGGUCCGCGACACCGUCAACAGGAUCAACAUUGCGCUCGAGCAGAUGGUCGUCGAGGUCAGGGACCAGGACCGCGACAACGAGACCGACCCCAGGCGUCGCAUCAAGUGGAUCCACUACAUCUCCUUCCACGAAAUCAUCGCCACCCUCGAGGACCCGCUCAUCCUCGAUGCCAUGCACAUUAAAAACAGCAACUCGUCCUGCCUCCAGACCCUAAAGUACGACAUUGACCUGGGCAACGACUUUUACAACUUCCUCGAGCUCGUCACCCACGCAAACACCAUCCCCAUGUGCGACAACCCCGACGAGUACUUUUACUGGGACGCCUCGCACUUCUCCGCCCAGAUCCACCGCACCAUUGGAUAUAUGCUCGACGACGCGGUCGCCAAGUUCGAAGCCAACGAGUGCUGGACUAUCGACAGCGGUCGCAUUCUGGAGCUCGUCAACCAAAACGAGCUGUACACGCCCAUUGUGCUGCCCAAACAGUCCGCUACCACGUCAAUCAAAUACAAGAAGCUGAUGGACCCAGAAACUUGGACAUAA